GGUCGACGUCGGUCGUCCAGCCGCCUCCCGUUCGCGCAACGCACCUUUAGACGACACACGCACGUACGCGAUGUUCGUUAAAUUAAUUACCAAUCCGCCGCGCACGCACUGCGAACUGCAAGCGCCGAAUCAUCAACUUUAAUUUAAACAUUCACGCGGUUUGCAAAAAAAAUGCUGCAACCAUGAGGCCCGACACUCGAAUCAGCCGCCAUCGAUCGUUCGCUUUCAUUUUCGUCCUGCUGAUUUUUCUUGUGAGCUUAAAACAGACAAAUACCGAAAAUGCCACAAAUUACUCAACCACAUCCAAGACUAUCAUCCCGAGUGUCACAGAGCCAAGUCUUCCUUCGAUAACAACAACCCCUGUCGAGAAUGUAGUACCAGUCCAACACAAGGACAAUAAAGAUGCCAUCAUCAACAUUAACCACAAUCAUGUUAACGUUAGUGGAGACAAGUUAGUGAAACAAGUGUCAAACAAUUCGGUGAUAGAUUUAUCGCGUAAGAACAUUACGUCUCUGACCGGAUUAUUCCCUGAUUUCCGGACUUUCAAAGUGCAAUUGCUUAACUUGAGUGCCAAUCAUUUGUAUCUACUCCCAAAUGCCGCGUUCGCCGCUUUAUCGUCGCUGAAAUGCUUGGAUGUGGCCGAGAACAACGUUUCGUUAAUCCAAGCGCAGGCGUUCAACAACCUCACCAACCUGCAGCAUCUCAAUCUCAGCCGCAACAGAUUGACAUCGCUAGCAGACGAGACGUUCAAAGGAUUAUCUAGCCUGCAACAAUUGGACUUGUCCUUCAACGACCUGACCAAUAUCGCGCCCGGUGCUUUGGAGUUAUCCACUCUGACGAGAUUGGUGCUUGCGGGCAAUGAACGACUGGGGUCAAAUGGAGAAUCGCCACUGUUCAUCGCAACCGGUAGACGGUUACAGACCAUGGACGCGACAUCAAUAGCACUAGAGCAAGUGCCAAGCGCACUAACACAUUCGAUACGAACGUUGCAUUUGGCCGAAAAUAAAAUUCAAAUCGUAGGCAGGGGAGACAUGGACUCAUAUCCUCUUUUGCAAUUGUUGGAUCUAGCUUCCAAUAAACUGACGCAAGUCGAAGAGGAUGCUCUGGGUAGGCUCGAAAUGUUAACCAUUUUGUACCUGACCGAUAAUCGGCUAAGUGAGAUGCCCCAUUCAUUGCCGGAACGAUUACAAGUGCUUCAUCUCGAGCGUAACAAGAUCGCAACAUUACGCCCUGCGGAUCUGGAUGGGUUAACACAGUUGGAAGUACUUCUGCUAAGUGGAAACCAUAUUCAGCAGAUUACGGACGGAGCAUUUGUGCAAGUGCCAAACUUGGUCACGCUGGACUUAUCUCAGAAUCCAAUUUUUGAGCUGCCAGCUGGUUGCCUCGCCGGGCCAUCAAAAUUAAGAGUUCUGCGACUAUCGCAGCUGAAUGUGUCAAUGGUUACAGUCGAAGCAACUGCUUUUCCUCUACCCGCCACUGAGUUUUUGAUUACUCUAGAUCUCAGCGGCAGCCCGACAGUAGCGCGUCAAUGGUUGGGGGACACAGCCGCGUUGGCAGCAGCCAGAGAACUGCAGGAGUUGGACCUGAGCGGUUGUGCGAUCGAAACCCUUCCGCGAGACACACUGCACUAUCUGCCGCAGCUGCGCUCGCUUCAUUUACGCGACAACACGCUCAACUGCAGCGGGCUAGAGUGGCUCGCCGAUUGGAUGCGUCUGCAAGAAGUGGCGGAGUACAGAGAUGUGCAUUGUCAAUCGCCCGGGGAACUGUGGGGUACUCUGCUAGUCGAUUUGCAAAGCUUGCAGGAGGUAAAUAUUGACGAAAAACAACCAAAAACCACCCCUCCAACAACAAGCAAACCAACCGAGGCAAAACCAACACAAAAACAAACUCGAAAUGAGUUCGCAAAAAAGGAAGUUGUUGAGGAUAUUUUCAAUCCACCGUUUGUCAUGAAUAUUUUACGGCCGGCUGCGCACGUUACCACGGUGCUUCCAUCACGACCAAGGCUUAAUAGGAUCAUGGCCGAUGAGAACGACAUCCUAGACGCGACUAUUAAGUCGAUCAUUUGGCCCAAAGCUAUUAAAACUGUCACCGCUGCCUCCAGCACAACCCAAACCACUCAGAACAUCAUCGCGGGCAUCUCAAGCACCCCACCGGCAAGCACUGCAACGCACAGUAAUUUAUUCAUGAAAAACUCGAGCGAAUCCGGCAAAAAACCCUCGCAAUAUGCUAACGAUCAUAAACCACCACCGAAAAGCCAAGAUGAUAGCGAAAUUCACGCACCAAAUCAAAUCAAGUCACUAUCGCUGACGGAAACCAAACAUCAAGAGAACACCACCGGUCACACCGAGGCAUCCAUGUACUCCUAUACCAGCCAACCAGAGGGGCCGAAACAACCACAUCCAGGCAUGUAUCUACUGAUCGUCGGCAUCAUGGGCGCGACCUUGAUCCUCAUCACGCUCACGUCCCGCAUGUCUCGAAAAUCGCGCGAUGACCUUCAAAUUCUACGCGCAUACCCGCACGACCAGCACGAAGGUGAGCUCAUCGAGGUGAGCAGUCUGCCGAGUGUCACUGAGCUGUGGUGACACCUGCGCUCGGAUUCAUCCGACUCCUCCAUCGAGGAGGAGCGCGGCCUGGUGCUCUACGACAGCAACAUUGUGUAAAACCAAAUCGGCAAAACUAUGUAAAGUGUAAGUAAAUAUUUGAUUAAGUGAAUAAGUGAAUAAGAUUACUACUAAGAAAAAAGUGCUUGUGAUACAGUAGUUGAUAAAAUAUUGAAUAAUCUAGUCUAGUCUAGUUAAAAUAAAAUUAUACGUUCAAAUUUUUCCGUGCAUUUCAACAUCAACUGCUUAUUUUACGCUGUUUUCAAACUUCAUGGAAAAGAUGGCAACAAAAAUGAUCGCGCAAAGUCAACAAGAAGUUGAUGAAAAAUCAACAUUACAGUAUACAAGACGAAAGAAAUAUUAUAAAACAACAAACACUUAUUUCUAAGUUAAAUUUCAGACAUAUCUAAGAUAUGAGUUAAUUUCAACAUAAUAUAAAUAUAUAUUUUUUAAAUACGCGCCCACAACUACUUCCAAAGUCUUCAUAAAGUCAACUAAGCCAAACAAGUAUCCAAUACAAGUAAUAUGUUGUAAAAGAUGUUUUAAAUGUUUAAAAUUAAGUUUGAAUGACUGGUACAAAUACAUUUGCUAACACUAAUAAUAAUUAUAAAGAAACCUAAUGAUAAUAAACUACUCUGACUCUGACAUCACACACAAAUAAUCUAAGAUCAUUAUAACACUAUCGUUGGAUAAAAAGAAAAUAAUAUGAUGAUGAAUUAAUUAAGAGAAAGUGUAAAUUUUGCUACAAAAAAUAUUACCUGUAUAUAAAUGUCACAAAAACAUAACAUAUAUUAUAUACAAUGCCUAUAUUUAUAUUAAACAAUACACGUUGAGUGUUUUCCCCGACGUUUCGUUUUAAAUAUUUUUUAACACCAAAAUUAAACUGAAUUUCGACAAAUGUGGAGAAUAAAUGUCAAAACCAACGUUAUAAUACAAUAAUCCUCACACGCCAAAAAUAAAAAUGUAGCAACUCAACCAACAUGAAACAUAAAACGGAAAAUGGUUCAUUCCUUUUGCGAAUUUGUUCGAUGUAAUUUUGUGAUAGUUAUAAGGUUGAAACAAAUAAACAAAUAAAACUUUUAA